UAAUUCCAUUCAAAAAGUUAAACUUUCAUAGAUUAUAGAUUCAGGGCCCACCAUUUAAAGUAUUUAUUUUUUUAUUUUUACAUAAUUUGGGUUUCCAGCUUUAUGGACUUCAUGAUUCCUUCUGCGGAGGAUCUGUAUGGAAUUGCAGAUUUCAUCUUCCAGCAGGACCUGGCCGCUGCCCAUACCGCCAGAAGCACCAAAACUUGGUUUGGUGCCCUGCCAUCACAGUACUUGACUGGUCAGCCACCUCGCUGGAUCUAAACCGCAUUGAAAAUCUAUGGGGUCUUAUCAAGAGGAAAAUGAGGGGCACCAGAUCCAAAAACAAAGAAGAACUGACAGCAUCAAGGAAAUCUGGGCUUCCAUAACUCCCAGGCAAUGCCACAGGCUGAUUGUCUCAAUGCCACAGCGCAAAGGAAUUCUCAACCAAGUAUUGAAUAUUAACAAAUCAUUUUCAAAGUACCAUAUUUUGAUUGACAUAAUGUGACCCUAAUUUCUUUAUUUUUUCCUACAAAAACUGAGAAGUAAAUGGUAAUUUUGUCACAGUAUUCUAAUUUUUUGAAUUCCCGAUUUUGUGGGCUUUAUAAGAUGGAAGCCCAAAUUACGUAAAAAUAAACUAAUAAAUACUUGAAAUUGUUUAAAUUAUGGGCCCUGAAUCUAUAAUCUAUGAAAGUUAAACUUUUUGAAUGGGAUUAUGGAAAUAAAUAAACUUUUCCAUAAUGUGAGUUGAAAUGAGUUUCUGCCGCAUGGUGUCCGGGCUCUCCCUUAGAGAUAGGGUGAGAAGCUCGGUCAUCCGGGAGGAUCUCAGAGUAAAGCUGCUGCUCCUCCACAUUGAGAGGAGCCAGAUAAGGUGGCUGGGGCAUCUGAUUCAGAUGCCUCCCGGACGCCUCCCUGGUUCCGGGCACGUCCCACCGGUGACGACCCAGGACACGCUGGAGAGACUACCUCUUUCGUCUGGCCUGGGAACGCCUCAGGAUCCCCCCGGAAGAGCUGGAUGAAGUGGCUGGGGAGAGGGAAGUCUGAUGUGGACUACCUGCGCUCCGUUUUACCGACAACUACUGACCCUGCCUUCUUCCAGUUCUUGCGAAGUCUUGACUGCUCCGGUGUUACACUCUGCUCUGUUCCAGAAGGCACGGUGGUCUUUGCCCGGGAGCCUCUGAUGGAGGUUGCAGGUCCACUGGCUGUGGUUCAACUACUGGAGACCAGUUUACUUUGUCUCGUAAACUAUGCCAGUGAUUUGUGCACAUUUGGGUGGGCACGCAUCUCCCUCGCUCCUGCCAUGCCGCCUUGGUCCUCUUCGGCGGCAGCGACGAGAGAGUCUCCUGCCCCCACAGAGGCAGAGAGACCGCGUGGUCUCCACCGCAUCUGGUGGGAAGGCACUUCUGGGCCGCCACUGAGGAGGAUCGUUGUGGCGUGUCAGCAGAGUCUAGUGUGCACUAAUGCUGCCCGCUUCCGCCUGGCGUCUGGCCCCCGGAGGAAACUGCUGGAGAUGGGGCUCAGAAGGGCUCAAGGGCCAGAUGGAGGGCUCACUGCUUCAAAAUAUUCAUAUAUUGGAGGGUUUGAUCUCACCAGUAAUGUUCAGGCUGGGUUGCUGUUUGGGAUCCCUGUUGCAGGGACCAUGGCUCAUUCAUAUGUCACAUCCUUUACUUCUAUGGAGGAGGUCUGGCCACAAACUCUUGUUGACGUGAACAGAGACCAUGAACCAGUCGACUUCAUUUCUCUGGCCAAGGGAUGGCUCGGUCGGGUGUGUGAGCUUUUAGGGGUUGAGCCUGAGAGGAUCAAUGAGGGAGAGUUGGCUGCCUUCCUGUCAUAUGCAAUUGCCUACCCCCAAAACUUCCUUCCAGUGAUUGACAGCUACAGUGUUACCUGCAGUGGCCUGUUGAACUUUUGUGCUGUGGCCUUGGCGCUGUGUGAAUUGGGCUAUCGGCCGGUGGGAGUUCGCUUAGACAGUGGGGACCUCUGCAAGCAGUCAGUGGAUGUGCGGUGUGCCCUAAGACUCUGUAGCAAGCAUUUCUCUACCUCUGCCUUUGAUUCACUCAUCAUUGUUGGGACCAAUAACAUCUCAGAACAAACCAUGGUGGAACUCAAUAAGAAGGAGAAUGAGAUCGACGUGGUUGGUGUUGGAACACAUCUUGUCACCUGCACUAAACAACCAUCACUGGGUUGUGUGUACAAGCUUGUGGAGGUGAGGGGAAAGCCCAGGAUGAAGAUCAGUGAGGAUCCAGAGAAGAGCACCCUCCCAGGAAGGAAAUCUGUUUACAGGCUAAUAGAUGCUGAGGGACAUCCCUUCCUAGACCUAGUGUGUCUGGCACUGGAGUCCCCACCGGAGGCAGGACGUCAUCUAAGAUGCCAUCCUCUGGUUGGUGAUGGGACUCCUCUCUCUGUCACUCCAGUUCAGGUCAUUUGUCUACACCAGGAAGUGUUUACCCAAGGUCAGGUCACACACCCUUUGAGCAGUGCUGCAGAAACUAAAGCCAAUGUCCAGGGCUCCCUCCAGAGCUUUCACCCUCGACAUAAACGACUGGAAGAGCCUGACUCUUACACAGUGGCACUGUCAGAAAAACAAUACAACUUGGUUACAGAGCUAAGACGACACAGUUCAAAGAAGACCAACUUUAUCUUAGCUAAUUAAAAUAUUUUAUGUCUUUAAAAUCUGUUUUUGUGUCUGUUU